CUCGUUAAAAGUUAUCAACCUAAGAAGAAAGACGAAGAAGAUUACCAAUUUACAUCCUGCAAAGCAUUUAAGGCUCUUAUGAACGAGAUAAAUGACUUGGCAGGACAGCAUGAGGUUGUGGCGGAAGACCUCCAGGCAAAUGUGAUAAAAGAACUGACUGCUCUAGUAAAAGAUUUAAGGGAGGAACGAAAGAAACAACUUCAGGAAGGUCUUAGGUUGUCACAGACACUACAGGCACAGAUAGAAACUCUACAGAGGGCGAAAAAGACCUAUGAUAAAGCAUUUAAAGAGUCUGAGAAGGCCAUAGAGAGUUUCCAAAAGGCUGACGCUGAUUUCAAUCUGUCUAGGGCAGAGGUGGAGAAACAGAGAUCGAAUAUGUCCCACAAAACGCAGGCCUGCGAUGCGGCGAAGAACGAAUACGCACAGCAAUUGCAGAGGACGAAUGACUUGCAGAGGCAACAUUUUAGGUCAGGAUUGCCAGAGGUAUUCAGGCAGUUACAGGAACUGGACGAGAAGAGGAUCAAAAACAUAAAGAACUUCAUCCGUGCUUCGGUGGACAUUGAACGUAACGUGUUUCCUAUCAUCAAUAAAUGCCUAGACGGCAUCCUCAAAGCCGCCGAUAUAAUAAACGAGAAAGAAGACACCCUCCUAGUGAUAGAGAAAUACAAAUCAGGGUUCCAGCCGCCGGAAGAUUUUCCGUUCGAGGACUUAUCGAAGGGCGGUAGUGACUCUGGUAGUGCUAAUAAUAUUAAUAAUAUACAAGUGAGUGGGAAGUUAAAAGACGGUGGUUAUACAGUGAAAGGGACUAUUACGAGUAAAGCAAUGAAGAAGAGGACGGGGCUUUUCCACAUAUUCGGAAGCCGAGGGAAUGCUACAAUUUCUGACGGAAAGGAGGAUUUAAGCGAACUGCCACCUAAUCAAAGGCGGAAGAAACUGUUGAUAAAAGUAGAAGAAUUAAGGAACAAAGUAGCUCAAGAGGCCGCAGCCAGAGACGGCCUUAUGAAGAUGAAAGGUGUAUAUGAAGCAAAUCCCGCUUUAGGAGACCCCAGAACAAUAGAAAGUCAGUUGAACGAGUGCAGCCAUAGGUUAGAGAAGCUGCAGCAGGAACUAAUUCGGUACCAGGGUUACCUAGACGAUGCCAUAAAGGGGAUACAGUCGGGACAAACUAAUUCUCUGACGAAUUCCCCCAAGCUACUCAACGGUUCGAGGCAUCAUAGGAACUCCGGCGGAAGUGCUGCGGAGGAGGAGUCCCUCAGCAGGUCUGCCAGUGACAGUAGCGUCACGAAUCCCACCUUGAACCAUAAUAAACAGUCUGCUCCCGGCACUCCACAACUUAACCACGGCCCUGAAAGUGGUUUGGGCACUUCUCACACGUCACUACCAGGGGCGGAUUCGGACCCCGAUCAGUACGACGGACAUGUGGUCGAUCCAGAGAGCGAGUAUUACGAGGCUGACAUGCUGCCGUCCAUAGGAACCUGUAGGGCUUUAUACCCAUUCGAAGCAACUAGCGAGGGCAGUAUACCCAUGGCCCAAGACGAAGACCUCCACUUGAUAGAGUUGGACCAGGGCGACGGGUGGACAAGGGUGCGUCGAAUGCUAGGUGACAAUGAAGAGGGAUUCGUGCCAACAUCGUAUAUUGAGUGUACGUUAUUUAACACCUAAGCGACCGAAAGGGAACCUUGUCUUGUGUGAACCCUCAAAAUCGUGUCAACAUUUAGGUUUAACGAUAUAUUUUUGUAUAUUAUUUAUGCAAUAUUUAAAAGAAUAGGAAUUAUUUUUUGUUGUUAUCUUCAUUUAUAUUAUAUUUUUAUAUUACGCGAUAAUCAAAAUUACUCACUUUCGUCGAGGUACACGUCACCUUUUGAGCGAUAUUAAUUUGAUUACAGAACAAAUACACACAAGAACAAAUCCGUAUUUACAAAUUAUAGGAUCGCCCACGUGAAUGUAUUGCUUAAGCGAUAUGUUGUGUUAUAUAUAAAAGAACUCUUGCUUAGCACAAUUUUUUAUCAAGUUUUUAUCGUAAGGAAAUGCUGCUACUUGUUUAAAUCCAUGUUAUUGUAAAUUUAAAGCAGCGAUAAUUUCUCUAUUCUGUAUAUAAGCUCAUUAUACUAAUCAUUUAUAUUUAUAAU